GCAAGAACCUUCAUUGUCACUUAGCAGUUCGACAUGCCUCCCACCUCUACUGUGCUCUUCACCUGCGAGGGCACGUUGUACCAGUACGCGGGCGAGGAGAGCGGCCGCCCCUACUACGACCCCCUCGGCGACGUUGACGCCUUCGCCAUCACCGUAGAGAAGCGCAAGAAGACCAGCGGGAGUGCUGCGGAGUACGUCAUCUUGGUGACCGAAGACGAGGAGGUGGUCUUUGAGCAACCGCUCGGGGUAGAGCUGCAGCUGACCUACUCCGACCAGGCCGCCUCCGUGCACUGGCCGGCCCUUAUCGAAGAGGAGCUAGAGACGGUCGCCUUCCGCUUCUCCGCGCCGGCAGACAAGGCGGCGCAGGUGACGCCACGGAUGUGCAUGCAGCGGUUUGUUGCCUUGUACAACCAGUGCACCUACAGCCUCCUCACCGGCUACGACGAGGUGGACCCGGAAGAUGAGUGGUACGACUACCUCGGCGGGGCUGCCAGCCACGAGCUGCGCAACGAGGACGCCGCGGAGCACGUCUUCGAGUUUGACCCGGCACGCAUGACGGUGGCGGGCACCGGCGCGGACAAUAUCUGCGCCGCCGAGUCCCUGCAGUUCAACCGAGUGCUGGUCAUCAAGAAAGGGAAUGAGGCGGCCAGUCUGGAGAUGCAGGCCCUGCCUGUGACGGAGCGUGGUUUUGACCAGGCAGGUGCGGAGAAGGUGGCGGUGACCGCCGUGGACGGCACCGCUACCGGCGCCCUGCUCGAAAACGGCGAUCUCAAGCUGCUCCUCUUCGGCGGCAAGAAGGCCGCGGUGCAGCAGGUGGACCUCGCCACCGGCUCCGUCGUGCAGGAGUACAAGCCCCAGGACCUGGACAUCCAAGGCCUGUCCUACGCGAACCACGCCUCGGCCGACUCCGGCGCCGUCUAUACGUGUCUCGGCCGCAACGUCGCCUUCAACAUCGACACCCGCAUGGACCCUCGAAGCUGCGUCGUGAUGGAGGACGGCAAGCAGCCAACGGACUACGCCGUGCGUACGCUCCGCAAAGACUUCACGUGCCAUGCCACCUCGCGCAACGGCUACCUCGUGAUUGGCGACGGCAGCGGUAGCAUUCGCCUCUACACCGGUCCCCCCGGCGCACGCAAGCCGGCCGGCGGUUACUACCCCAAGUCAGCGAAGACGCUGCUGGAGACGAAGGUGCCGAUUGUGGACAUCGAUGUCACGGCAGACGGCAAGUACAUCGUGGCCACCACCGCGCAGCUGCUACUGUUCAUCGAGACCAAGUACAUCGACAGUAACGACAAGGCGACCAACGGGUUUCAGGGACGCAUGGGGGCGCAGAAGCCGAAGCCGAUCCUCCUGCAGCCGACGCCGGCGCAGAUCAUGCAGAUGGGCGGCGCCAGCGCUGUGCGCUUCCACACCGCGAGGUUCGACCGCUUCCCCGGGACAGAGGAGCUCUGCGUGACGGCGAGCUGCGGCGACUACAUCCUGACGUGGUCGCUGCGCAACAUCGUGUCCUCGCAAGAGAGCGGCAGGGCGGCGGUGAACUCGGCGGUGACGGUGGGGCAGGUGGUGCUGUCCACCUCGGCCAACCGCACCGACCACGUCGGUUUCCUCACGGGGAAGGACGUUGGUGUAGUGCCUUUCCAUGAGGCACAGAAGGCGGUGAGCAAGGCGUGGACGUGGGGUCAGGAGAAGUAA